UCUGGAAGUGGGCAGGUGGCCCGAUAUAUGCACGGAUUUUCGCUCCAGACUUAACAGCAUGUCAACUGAAGAAAGGACACCGACGAAGAGUCUCCAGCGUCUCCGGAUGUAAAUCAGUCUAACUUAUUCGAAGCACGGGACAAGGAACUAAAAGCCAGUGGAAAACGCACGUGGCUGCACCGCCUGUACGUGGUGGCGUCGCUGGAUCUGAGGUACGAGGAACCGGACGACAUACAGCGGCGGGCCUCCAUUGUCAAGUCACAGCUGGAUGACUUCGGCACCGAGUGUGAGCAGCAGAUACGGCAUAUCUACAGCGGCUAUCGUGAGGAGACCGCCUCGGGGUUUCUCAUCAUCUACCCCAAGUUUAUGAUCCACAUCCUGGAGAGCUCGGAGGACGCGCUGGUGGCCUACCUGAAGGAGCUGCGCAGCAUGACGCAGCAGGGGGAGCCCAAGGUGCUGGAGGCCAGGGUGCUGCUCAUGUCACAUGACAUUCCGGAGCGUUUGUUCGAAGCCUGGUCGUUCCGAAGUAUCGUCGCCUCUUCCCGGGAGCAGCUGGACUCGAGUCUGAGUCAGAAGAAGGCGGCCACCGGCUGCUUGAGCCAGCUGCUGGGCCUGGCUGUCCACCUCCGCAAAACGCCGAAGGCGAACUUGAAGAACGCCAUGGACCUGCUGUCGGAGCGGGUGCCCGAGCUGCUGCCCAGUGAGGACCUGCUCACCCUCCUCCUGCAGCAUGAGACCUACCUCAGCGUGGAGGACUUUCUCAGCCUGUACUACUCGGAGCUCUCCUUUGUCGAGGAUAGCGAGCUGGUAUGGCCGCUGCCGUCGCACGUGUUCCCAUACAAUAACUAGUCGGGGCGGCCGAGCCCACAAGCAGGGCGUUUGCACGGCUUUGCGGCACCCCGCGGAGGACAACAGAGCGCUGCCGUGGAUACCGCUCGUGGAAGAGUGCAGCGGAGGACAACAGAGCGCUGAUGUGGAUACCGC